CUAGUCGAAUACGUAGACUUCUACAGGGCCUUCUAAGUAAUGCGCGCCGGGUAUAAUUCAAACCUCUGCCCCCAUCGGUACCAUUACCCCUAAAGCAAAUCGUCUCCAGGAGACGAAAUUUCGGUACCGGUACAGGGUUAGCAUUAAUGACGUCAGCGAUGGAUCUUUUCGACGAUCCAUCGCUCUGACACGGCCAACAAUGCUGAGAAAGAUCUCCCCUGUAUCGAUAUCAUCGAUUGGGUUGCUGCUGAUUACCACUUCCCUCUGACUGACUGACACAAUCUAUUAUUUUUGGAAGCAAGAUGAAGGUCGUUAGUAUCGUUUUGACUCUUUUGUUUGCCGAGGCAACCGCCUUUUCGGUGGUUGGCCCCGCUACCCAAGCCACUACCGGUACAACCGCUUUGAAAGCAGCCCACACGGACAAUGCUGAAGGUGCCAAUUAUUUGGACCGACGAAGCCUUUUCCAAGCCGCGGCUGCUGCCACUAUUGGAGUCUCCGUUUCGGGCUUUAACAUUCUCCCUGCCAAUGCCGCUGACUCGAGCAAGGUGGUGGUAGCUGGAGCCACUGGUCAGACUGGAAGACGCAUCCUGGAACGUCUUGCUGGCACGUCAGGACUGUCCGUGGUUGGAGGAGUGCGCAGUGUGGACAAGGCCACUGCAGCCUUGCAAAAGGAUUCCACUGUCAUUCGUGGAGCCAUGGUUCAAAAGGUCGCAUCGGUCGACACGUCGGCUGUAGAACUCAAGCACAUGGAUGUCGUCAAGGAUUCGGUCGAUGAAUUGGCGUCGGCCAUGGACGGAGCCGAUUCCUUGGUGAUUGCCACCGGAUUCAUCCCGGGAAAUCCUUUGAAAAUGAAGGAUGCGGCUCAUGCCGUGGACAACUUGGGAACUAUUGCGUUGGUCGAUGCGGCCAAGAAAGCGGGAGUAAAGAAGGUUGUCAUGGUCUCCUCCAUCCUUACCAAUGGACGCAACUGGGGACAAGAAAGCUCUCCUGGAUUCCAAAUCACCAACGCCUUUGGAGGUGUCUUGGACGAGAAAAUUAUUGCCGAAAAUUACCUCCGAAAGUCUGGUCUGGACUACACCAUUGUUCGUCCCGGUGGACUAAAGGCCAAACCUCCUAGUGGCGGACUCAUCAUUUCCAAGGAAGAUAGCUUGAAUUCGGGAGAAAUAUCGAGAGAUCUGGUGGCAGAUGUGUGUGUAGCAGCUAUCAGUGAUCCCAAAGCCAGCAAUAAGGUUCUAGAAAUCAUUGAAGCGGAAGAAGGUGGUCCCAAGGUUUUCAACGGCUUGGUAAUGUAAUGCAUCUAGCUAGGAAAGGUUAUAGGAGGUACCAGACAAACCAAAGGAAGCACACAUUACUUAAUCCAUUUGCUAUUUAGUCGAAGUAAUCAUCAAUCCUUGCCGCAUAGCUUGUCUGGCUUCAUCAGCACUGUGACGUUAUCAUGAUGUUUCAUAGAAUCUUCAGGGUUUCUGAGGAACACAAUCUGCCAUUUCAGCCAUAUCAAGCAAGAUGGUCUUGGCAUGGGCAUUGUUCUUCCAUCAAAAUGAAACUCGUUGAACAGUUGGCUACAGGUAGUGCAGGGAAGUCGUUCUGGCGAUGAAAGAAUCGAAUCAUUCGAAUCGCACUAGCUACCGUACUAGACAGAACACACGAAGGAUUCCCUUCCUGUUUACCCUUGAUCAGCCAUCAUCUUAUCACAAUACGAUGGCAUCCCUUUGGUGGCGAUCCAUUUGCGGCAGCACCUGCCAGUGCUCCCACUAGUACGAGCGCCAUGGGAGGACAGCAGCAGCAUGCAGAGGUUGCUUUGGAGGAUCAUGUGGAACGAAAGAUUCAGAGAGCAAAAGUUGAACAGCGACGUUUUUUCUUUUUAAAUUGGUU